GAGAGAGACAGAGGGGAUACUGAGAGCAUCAUCGAUGGCCCAGUCACAGGGGGAGCUGACUCAGUGGUUUCUGCAGCAGAGCUGUGAGAGUGAUUGACCCCCUCAACACUUCUCCAUUAGGGUGCUGCGUAAAGACAGCCAUGCCGCCUCCAGCCGACAUCGUGAAGGUGGCUAUUGAAUGGCCUGGAGCUAAUGCUCAGCUUAUAGAGAUGGACCAGAAAAGACCUUUGUCCUCAAUAAUACGGGAAGUAUGUGAUGGCUGGUCUUUAUCAGGCUCUGAGCAGUUUGCUCUGCGUUAUGCUGAUGGCCCUCAGCUUUAUAUCACUGAGCAGAGCCGCGGUGAAAUCAAGAACGGGACCAUCCUUCGGUUAGCCAUUUCUCCUGCUCGUGCUGCUCGUCAGCUCCUGGAGAGGAUCCAGUCCCACGGUAUCGACGCUCGUCUGGAGGCUCUAAAAGAGCUCGCUAAGCUCUCUGCAGACCCAACCUUUGCCGCAGAGUUCAUCAAUAUGGAGGGCAUUGGGACGCUGGCACGUCUUGUUGAGAGUGGCACACACUUCGGUGAAAUGCUGGCCUUCACUCUCACUGCUUUCCUGGAGCUAAUGGAUCACGGCAUUGUGUCCUGGGACCUUAUCUCCCUCUCCUUCAUCAAACAGAUUGCGGGCUAUGUGAACCAGCCGAUGGUGGACGUGUCCAUCCUGCAGCGCUCUCUGGCCAUCCUCGAGAGCAUGGUCCUCAACAGCCACAGCCUUUACCAUCGGGUGGCUCAGGAGAUCACCGUGGGACAGCUCAUCGGGCACCUGCAAGUGUCAAACCAGGAGAUUCAAACCUACGCUAUCGCCCUCAUCAAUGCUCUUUUCCUGAAGGCACCAGAGGACAGACGGCAGGAGGAGUAUACUAACCCGUUGGAGCAGCACCUCACUGAAAUGGCAAGCUCUUUGGCCCAGAAGCACCUUCGAUCCAUCAUCCUCAAUCAUGUGAUCAGAGGGAAUCGACCAAUCAAAGCAGAAAUGGCACAUCAGUUGUAUGUGCUGCAGGUGUUGACCUUCAACCUUUUGGAAGAACGAAUGAUGACCAAAAUGGAUCCAAAUGACCAGACUCAGAGAGACAUCAUUUUUGAGCUGCGUAGGAUUGCUUUUGAUGGAGAAAAUGACCCCACUGGAACAGAAAAGAGAAAGGCCAUGUACACCAAGGACUAUAAGAUGCUGGGCUUCACUAACCAUGUGAACCCAGCCAUGGACUUUACCCAGACUCCUCCGGGAAUGCUGGCUUUGGACAACAUGCUGUACCUCGCCAAGGUUCACCAGGACACUUACAUCAGGAUUGUCCUGGAGAACAGCAGCCGCGAGGACAAGCAUGAAUGUCCCUUUGGGCGGUGUGCAAUCGAACUAACUCGAAUGUUGUGCGAGAUUCUGCAGGUUGGAGAAUUGCCUAAUGAGGGCUGCAAUGACUACCACCCCAUGUUCUUCACUCAUGAUCGGGCAUGGGAAGAGUUCUUCUGUGUCUGCAUCCAGCUGCUCAAUAAAACUUGGAAGGAGAUGAGGGCCACAGCUGAGGACUUCAAUAAGGUGAUGCAGGUGGUGCGUGAGCAGAUCACCAGGGCUCUGGCGAUGAAGCCGUCGUCUUUAGACCAGCUGAAGAAUAAACUGCGAGGCCUCAACUACUCAGAGAUUCUGCGUCUGCGGCAGUCAGAGAGAAUGAGCCAGGACGACUUCCAGUCUCCUCCUAUAAUUGAGCUGCGGGAGAGAAUUCAGCCCGAGAUCUUGGAGCUCAUCAAGCAACAGCGACUCAACCGGCUGUGUGAGGGGAGCUGUUUCCGCAAGCUGGGGAACCGCCGAAGGCAAGAGAAGUUUUGGUUCUGCAGACUCUCACUGAAUCACAAAGUGCUGCACUAUGGAGACCUUGAUGAGUCACCUCAGGGUGAAGUGCCUUUUGAGCUACUCAGCGACAAGAUCCCUGUCUCUGACAUCAAGUCUGUGGUGACCGGGAAGGACUGCCCGCAUAUGAAAGAAAAAAGUGCUCUGAAACAAAACAAGGAGGUGCUGGAGUUGGCCUUCUCUGUCCUCUAUGAUCCGGAUGAGACACUCAAUUUUGUUGCACCCAACAAGUAUGAGUACUGCAUCUGGACUGACGGGCUGUGUGCGCUGCUGGGCAGAGAGAUGGGCAGUGACCUGACGCGCAGCGACCUAGAUACUCUCAUCAGCAUGGAGAUGAAGCUCCGCCUCCUCGACCUUGAGAACAUCACCAUCCCAGAAGCCCCGCCCCCCGUGCCGAAGGAGCCUAGCUCGUAUAACUUCACUUACAACUACAGCUGAGAUGUGUGUGUGUGUGUUUGCAGUGCAUGCGUGUGUAUCUCAAAGAUGAGUAUACUCGAUCUUUUGAUGAUAUUAGCUGCAGAUGUGUGCACCAGAAAAGGUUACUUUGAUUUUUUUUACAUUUUUUUUUAACAUUUCAGAACCCUGGAGACUUCUCUCCAUUCGUGCUCGUGAUGCUGUAUGGUUCAUCAAAUAGGAGAAAUGUGUUCAUAGCUUCACGGGGAGUUCAGAGGGUCAGGGUCCACCACAGAGCGGUACUCCAGGAGCUGGUAGGGAGUGAAUCUCUUUCACCAGUACAGUCUCCAGGCAACGUCUCCUUCACUCUCUGCUAUUUAAAGGCACAGACCCUCCUAUUAAGUGGAGGAAUAUGUUGCCUGAUGGGGAAUGUGGAUGAAAAGCUAUCUGCAAAUUAGUCUUUAAUCGAGUACAUUUUAGUCAAAUGGCCAAUCAAGCCGUGCAUGUGGUUUCCAUGGCAACAGAGGAUGAAGUCGCCACCAUUCCAGUUUUAAUCCCGUGUUCACUUUGAUUCUGUCUGUCCCUUCCAAAUGAUGGACACACGGUUAAACUUCACACAGAGUAAAGUGAGCAGCUGUGUCUUGCUUUAAGGCCACCUCAGUAGGCAGGAGAGAUGAUGUCAGGGGGGAUCAAAGGUGACGUCCGUGGUUCAGAGGACUGUUUCAGUAAUCAGCACACUGUCCUGCUGCCCAUCGAGGUCUGUUAAUGUUAAUAUAUCUGACCAGUAGGGAAAAAACAUACCUUAAAUUAAGUGAAAAGAGAGCUGGAAACGUAAUUUCAAAAGAGUCUACUUAGAGGAGAAGCAGAUAAGGUGUCAGGAUAAUAUGUUAUUUUAUAUUAUGUCGGUCAUACUGGGACACAAAAGCCCAGGGCUGAGACUAACUUUUUUUUUUUUCAUGAAUUGAUCAUUAGCUUUAUGAAAUAACAUAUAUUAGUGGAAAAUGCUCAUUACAAUUUCCAAGAAGUCUUCAAGUUAACAUGCCUAAAUAGCUUGUUUUGUCUUGAGUAAUGUUUCAAAACCCAAAGACCUUCAGUUUGUUAUGAUGGAAGACAAAGAAAACCAGCAAAUGAUCACAUUUGAAAAGCUGGAACAAGUGAAUUUUGACCUUUUAAAGUUAAGGGUUUGCCAACAUUUUUGCAGAUUAAUUGCCUGUCCAUUGACUAAUCAGGUAUUACUGUAAUCGUUUCAGUUACACUGAAGUAGUGCUUGCAGCAUAUUUGUCUUUAUGGCUUAUGUUUACACUCAUGCCUCUUCAGAUUGUUUGACUCACUUCUCUCCGCAGACAAAUGCUCCUUUUCAUAGGUGCUUAAACAGUGCAAGUCGAUAGAUCCCAUUGAAUUAAAACUGUUCAAGUAUGUAGUGUGACGAUAGAUACCCUCACCUACUGUAUGUGUCUGUAAGUGUGUAUUUGUGUGUGUGUCUGUGUGUUCAGAUGUAGAGGCUUAGUAUAUGUUUGAGAGACAUGAGGAACAAUCUUAGUAUUUCAUCAGCGUAAUGCUCAUGGAAGUCAAAGCUCCGACAUCCAACACAUUAAAAACAUGAAUUUUGUUAAAUCAUAGUCACUGCAUUGCCUUACCAGUCAAAGUCAGCAUGAAUUUUGGGUAACAUUAGCAUUUAUAAGCAGUACAUGAAUGGUUUACAAUGCAUAAUUAUAACAUAUAAUGUGUGUUAAUCAAUGUCUUUCUUACCAACUAUGACUUUUCCAAUCAGACUCAAAAAUACUUUAUUGAACACUGGAGGGAAAAUUGGUCACAUUACAGUUGCUCUUAAAUCUAUGCAUGAAGAAAUCAUAAGAAAAAU